UCGGGGACAGCAGAUCGCGUCGCAGUUGAUGUUUCAAACGUAUUUAACGGUUAAUAUUUCGGUUAAUUCUGAUUCUGAUUCGGUUUCAGAUUCAGAUUCAGGUUUAGGUUAAAGACCGAGUCAAGUCGAGACUGUAAACGAUACAUUUGGAAUAUAUAUUUAAUUAGGAGAUGAUGUGGUCGUUUGGCAAGCUUCUGCUGGCCUUCGCAGUUGCAUCCGCCACCGCCACUGCCACCGCCAAUGCCGCAACGUUGUUCGAUCGCACCAUUUACUACCACAACACGCCGCCCAAUGCCGCGGGCCACUAUCAAUUCGAGUUUCAGACCACCAACGGCAUCACCACCAAGGCGGCUGGCAACGAGAAUGGGGCCGUGGGCGUAGUCCAAUUUGUGUCCCUCGAGGGCAUACCCAUAACCUUCACAUAUGUGGCCGAUGCCAAUGGGUAUCACCCGGAGGGCGAGCACAUUCCCGCCGUGCCGCUGCAUGUGCUCCGACAGCUGGAAUACAUUCGCACGCAUCCAGCGGUGGAUGAGCGCAGGUCGAGGCGCUGGUAAGGCUAGAAAGCAGCCAUAAACAUUAUUAUAUACUGGCUUUUAAAUAUCUGUCAAUUGCCUGUAGAGUCGGAGAUAAGCGGAGAAUGCCGUUGCACAUGAGAAAUAUUUAAAUUUUGUAUUUAUCGCUUAUCGUUUUCACAUGCAAAUGGCACAGACGCACAAACAACAGCGGCAACAGAAUCAUACCAAAAUAUAUAGC